AUGUAUAACAACUACUAUAACAGUAGUGGUCGAGUCAGGGACGACCUCAAGCUCCUGGAAAUAAGAGAUGGUGAACAACUGGCUAAGGAUAGGAAGGCACGGGCUACGGAAAUGCGUAGUGAAAGCGGCAAUUGGCUUAAAAGGCCUGGAAUAAGCCAGUAA